CCCACCUGAGAUACACCGGUGGCGGGCCAUCCGGGACGGCCGGCGUACCGGCGCCGCCCUCCGGGGCCGACCUUGACGCGCCAACAUAAGAUCCGUCCAACUGAAGGCGCUCCGUGGCCGCGCGGCGUCUGGGAGCGCCAUGUUGGCGAGCGACGGCUGGCCGCCGACCGCCGAGCACGAGUGUCGCGGCGGUGGGGGUAGCACCGAGAGGGCCUGUGCGUGGCGACCGAGCUGUGGUGACCGACGGUGUGGCGGUGCCGUCGACAAUCGUGGACUGCGUGCGAGGAUGCGUGGCGGCUGACAUGAGGAUGGAGGCCGACUCGGCCGGAGCCCAGGGCGGCGAGCGGGUCGUCUGGGAGUACCACCACGUCUCGCUGAACCGCGUGCCCGGCUAUGGGUUCGGUAUCGCCGUCAGCGGCGGCCGCGACAACCCGCACUUCACCACCGGCGACCCCAGCAUCGCCAUCUCUGACGUGCUCAAAGCCGGGCCAGCCGAAGGAAAACUGCACGUCAACGACCGUGUGCUGAGCGCCAACGGUCUGUCGCUGGAGAACGUCGACUACGCCACAGCCGUGCAGGUGCUCAAGGACUCGGGUGCCAUGGUACAGCUGCACGUGAAGCGCAGGGUGGUGCUGCCCGCCUCGCUGGAGCCGCAGAUCCUCCGCAUGACGCUGACCAAGGGCAGCCGCAAGGAGGAUUUCGGUUUCCUGCUCGGGUGGCAGCCGUUCGUCAAGGAGAUUGUCCGCCGGCCGUCGAUCGUCGAGCGCGACGUCACGCUGCACGAGGGAGACGUGCUGGUGCGCAUCAACGACCAGCCCACGGACAGCAUGACGCCCAAGGAGGUCAAGAAGCUGGUGGAUGCGGCCCGCGAGCGGCUCAGCCUGACGGUGCGCCGUGAGCCGAGCGCGGCCGGACACCACAGCAAGGAGAGCUCACAUGCGCCAAACCGCCCCAGCUACGGUGCCAGUCCGAACCUAUACGUCCAGCCGCCGACCCGUAACGAGCGAGACCACCGACCGGCGGGCCGGCACGGUGCCGACAAAAACAAUCUGCUCAGGCAGAACGGUCGCUCACGGGGUCCUCUGAUGGACAUAUCACUGAGCCAACUGGACCAGCCGGCUACUCCGCUACUGCACGGCCACCCGGGUCAGGGCGAUCCGCCUCCACCGCGACCGCCGCCACCGAGGGACUCAGUGGAUGGUCUGAUGACCAACGGUCUGGGCGGUCCUCAGCGGUCACCGGGACCCGGCGACACCUGGCACGAUAUGUAUGGCUCCCGGCGACAGUCCAGCUACGACCAGCAGUCGCCCAAAUCCAAGGGACCAGAGCCCGACCCUCGGUUCAUCAGUUUCCAGAAGGAGGGCUCGGUCGGUAUCCGACUGACGGGCGGCAACAAGACGGGCAUCUACGUCAUAGCGGUGCAGGCCGACUCGCCGGCCGCCGUCCAGGGCCUCCAGCCCGGCGACAAAAUACUGAAGGUGAACGGUAUGGAGAUGAAGUGCGUCACCCGCGAGGAGGCCGUGCUGUACCUGCUCAGUCUACAGGACCAGAUCGACCUGAUCGUCCAGUACAAAAAGGCCGAGUUCGACCAGCUAGUGGCCGCCCAACAGGGAGACUCGUUCUACAUUAGAACACAUUUCAAUUAUGAGCAGGCGGACAAGAAUGAGCUGAGCUUCCGUAAGGGUGAUAUAUUUCAUGUUGUGGAUACUCUGAAUAACGGCGUGGUCGGCGGCUGGCAGGUGAACAGAAUCGGUCGAAACAACGAGGCCACGCAGAAGGGCGUGAUCCCGAACAAGGCGCGUGCAGAGGAGCUGGCCACGGCCCAGUUCAACGCCGCCAAGAAGGAGCACACGUUCAGUGAGACGCGCAGCCGGCUGUUCAGCCGAAAGCGGCGCCAGCGGCGCUCCAAGUCUCUCGGCAAGGAUCACUGGGAGGACCUCGUGUUUGACGACUCCGUCUCCAAGUUUCCCGCCUAUGAGCGCGUCGUGCUCCGCCAGGCCGGCUUCGUGCGGCCGGUGGUGCUGUUCGGAGCGGUGGCUGACCUGGCUCGACAGCAGCUACUCAGAGACCUGCCCGAUCGACUGGCCGCGCCGCAGCUGGACCCGGGCGCCGAGUCCAAGGCCAAGAGCUCGGGCAUCAUCCGUCUGAGCGCUAUCCGCGGCCUGGUGGAACGCGGCCGGCACGCUCUACUGGAUGUGACGCCCAACGCUGUGGACCGACUCAACUACGCCCAGCUGUAUCCGAUCGUGGUGUUCCUACGAGCCGAGAGCAAGCACGUCAUCAAAGAAGUGCGCGCCGCCGCCCGCGCCACAGACAAGCCCCAGCACAAGUCGAGUAAGAAGAUCUACGAGCAGUGUGUGAAGCUGGAGAAGCUGUGGUCGCACCUGUUCACGGCCACCAUUACUCUGACGGACGCCGACUCGUGGUACCGCAAGGUCAAGGACCUCAUCGAGAAGCAGCAGAGCGCGCCCAUCUGGAUGUCCGAGACGAAGCCCGGGGAGGCCUUCUCGGACGACUUCCUGUUCCCGAUGACGUCUCGUCUGUCGUACGCCUCGUCUCCGGAGUCUGAGCCGGAGGGCGGUGACCCGGUGCGUCGGGAGACGGGCUCCGACCCGCACCUGCUGCGCAGCUCGUCCGACCCGAGCCUGGCGGCCGACGACCUGCCGCCGCCGCUGGCAGCGCUGGGCGGGCCGCCGCCCUACACUCCACAUCAGGAGCCGCCCCGCGCGCCCGGUCACCGCCACUCUCACGGCGGGGACAGUCGGUACGGCUUCUCAGCGGGCCGCUACGUGUCGGAGCGGCCCGGCGGCGGCGACGGCCCUUCUCCGGGCAUACCGCGCCGCCUGCCGGCCGCCAGUCCCGGCUCCGGGCGACACUCGCCCUACCAGACGCUCCCACACGAGUUCCGAGCCGGCGGACAGCCAUCACCGGCGCGCGGCGUCGACCGAGAGCCUCCCUCGGCGCAGCACACCCCGUCCCGGCGGCACGGCUCGGGACAGCGCGGCUCGCUGCCGGAACAGGCGGCCGGCCGCGCGCCGCCGGCCGACGGUCUGGCGCACCAGUCGCACCAGCGCACCUCGCUCCAGGAGCACCAGGUAGCGCGCGCCCUGCUGCCCGACUCGCCGCCCAAGGUGGACCGCAGCAGCAAACCCUCGGCUGGUGUGGUCGGCACCCGCAGCUACGGCCGCGCCUCUGGCGGCCAGAUGAGGAACUACCUUCAGCGGGACGAUGGGAACUACAUGAACUCCGGAAAGAACUACACGUUGGAUAGGUUAAAAUCCGCGAAUUACGACAGCGGCUCGCCCUACGACUCGUACCAGCGGUUCGCCAACAUGCACGACGACCUGAAGGCGUCGCGCUCGGCGGGCGCGGGCGACCACGGCUCCCCGGGCGGCUAUGGGGGCAGACCGUCCGACCCGUACCGGCUGGCGCCGCGCGGACAUACACAGCCGUCCUACUCGGCCGAGCGCGAGCUGCCGCACACUGGCCACGGCGGCCGUGGCGACUACAGGCCGAUGCCGCCUCCCAAGAGCGGCUCCAACUACAAGCCGAUCCCGCCGCCGAAGCCGAAGGGCGGCCGGGGCCCGCCGCCAUCCGCCGGCGACCCGUACUGGCGCGGCGGGCCCGAGUCGGCGCCACGGCCGCCGGCCGACUCGCGCGCUGCCAGCCGCGAGGACUUCAGCUACACUAACGGCGAGGAGCCGGGCGGCGGCUUCGACUCUGGGCACGGCUCCAGUCUGGACCGUAACUACGACCCGGCCGGGCGCACGUACAUCAACAUGAAGCCGGCCAGCGGCGGCGCCGGCUACUACCUGAACGUGCCGGGCGCGCCGCGCGAGCCGCCGCCCACCGCCGGCCUCGACCUCUGCAACCGGGACCAGCGCGGCAGCGCGUUCGAGCUCUACCGGAAACCGGACAACGCGCGCUACCUGAGCUCGGACGGCGCCCGGUAGGCGGGAGGGCGUCUGGGCGGGGAUCGAGGAUAGGUCCUGCGAGGGACCGGGGCUACAGGACCGUGCUGGGCACCGGGUGGACGGAGCCGGGCUCACGGGAUGGUGACAGAGCACCAACACCACAGGAGGGUGUUCUGCAGCGGCAGAGCGGCAGCUGGGGGAGCCAGCCGUCCGGUCGGUGACGUUUGCCUUGUGUUGUGCGUAAAAUGUUAUCGUCAGUGCCUUUGAUCAUGUGUAUUUUGUCACAAAUCAAAUGGUUUACUAUACUAUAGUUGCUGUUCAUUGCAGUCAUUAGCUAGAUAUCAUCAUCGUCAUGGUGCCUUUCAAAUGAGCAAAUAUCGUUUUAUUAUUGGAACUAUUAAUGCGCGUUUCAAUGUUGGAAUAAACCAUUGCCAUGA